AUACGUCACAGCCAUCUUCUUCUACCUCUCAGCCACCAAAGCCGCAAAAGAAAUAUCCUAAAAUGAGAGAAUAUUUUGUUAAAUGGGAGGGGAAGUCCUACUGGGAGUGCUCAUGGGUACUGGAGACUGGGCUUGAUGUCCACCAAGGCAACACUCUUCGUCCGUACAUGCGAAAGCACAACAUGGAGACUCCACCUCCUUUGGAACUCCCCGCCCACUUGGAAAGACGCAGAAGAAGGCGGAGCUCGCACUACGACGAGAAGAUGGAAGAGAAAGAACUAGUGUUACUGAAAGCAGGUGUUCAUCCAGAGUGGCUAAUCAUCCAAAGAGUCAUUAACUCUAAGACGUCGAAAAAGUUUGGCACCCUUUACCUAGUCAAGUGGAAGGAUCUUCCGUAUGAUAAAGCAACUUGGGAAGCUCUUGAUGAGUCUUCACACAUAAGGGGAGCUGCUGCAGCCAUCAAGCAAUAUGAAGAAAUGAACAGAGCCAAGUAUCAUCAAGAGGCGCCUGUCGUGACUAAAAAGAAGAAACAAAAAACGCCAAAACAGCCAAAACCUGUCGAUCCAAAGAAGAAGUAUACGGUACAGCCUGACUACAUAUCUCAGACCGGCGGUACACUGCAUCCAUACCAGCUGGAGGGGAUUAACUGGAUUAGGUUCUCUUGGGCUCAGAACACUAACACUAUACUGGCUGAUGAGAUGGGACUAGGGAAAACAAUACAGACCAUAUCGUUCUUAUAUUCACUUGUGAAAGAGGGUCACACUAACGGCCCAUUUCUAAUAAGUGCCCCUCUCUCCACCAUCAUCAAUUGGGAGAGGGAGUUUGAAUUCUGGGCACCAGAUCUAUACGUGGUCACCUACCACGGCAGCAAGGACAACAGAGCCAUCAUCAGGGAACACGAAUUUUCAUUUGUCAGCGGAGCAGUCAAAGGGACAUCCAAGCAACUGCAGAGAGUUAAAAAAGACUUGCCGAUAAAGUUUAACGUGUUAUUAACAUCUUAUGAAUACGUGAGCGUUGAUGCUACAGUAUUGCAGAGCAUAAACUGGGCAGUGCUGGUGGUAGAUGAAGCACAUAGGCUCAAGAAUAACCAAUCAAAGUUCUUUCGUGUUCUUUCUCAAUAUAAGAUAAAAUACAAGCUAUUGUUAACAGGGACUCCACUUCAAAAUAAUUUAGAAGAGCUCUUCCAUUUAUUGAACUUUCUCAGUCGAGAUAACUUCAACUCCUUGGAAGAGUUUCAAGAAGAAUUUGCCGAUAUUUCAAAAGAGGAUCAAGUUAGCAAGCUUCAUGACAUGCUGGCCCCUCAUUUACUAAGACGACUAAAGGCUGACGUACUGAAGAAUAUUCCUUCAAAGACCGAGCUUAUUGUCAGGGUUGACUUGGCUCCAAUGCAAAAGAAAUUCUAUCGCUGGAUAUUGACUAAGAACUUUGAGAAGUUAAACACGAAAGGAGCUAAACCUGUUAGCCUCAUAAACAUAAUGAUGGACCUAAAGAAGUGUAGUAAUCAUCCUUACCUCUUUCCCACUGCUGCUGAAGAGGCCCCACUAACAGCUGGCGGUUAUUACGAGGGAACUGCUCUCAUUGCUAGCUCAGGGAAACUCAUAGUACUAGAGAAAAUGUUAAAGAAACUAAAGGAGAGCGGACAUCGUGUCCUGAUAUUCUCACAGAUGACAAAAAUGCUGGAUAUACUAGAGGACUUCCUGGAGCACCUCUCUUAUAAAUAUGAGCGGAUCGAUGGAGGAGUAACUGGGAGUGAGAGGCAGCAAUGCAUUGAUAGAUUUAAUGCUCCUGGUGCCGAGCAGUUUGUGUUUCUCCUCUCAACCCGUGCAGGGGGUCUGGGCAUCAAUUUAGCCUCGGCUGACACCGUCAUUAUUUUUGAUAGUGACUGGAACCCUCACAACGAUGUGCAGGCUUUCAGCAGAGCACACAGAAUAGGACAAGCAAAUAAAGUCAUGAUUUAUCGUUUUGUGACGAGAAAUUCCGUAGAAGAACGAGUUUGUGAGGUUGCCAAACGUAAAAUGAUGUUGACUCAUCUCGUGGUAAGAGGCGGUCUUGGAUCUACCACAAACCAGCCGUCACUUAGCAAGAGGGAACUUGACGACAUACUCAAGUUUGGAACCCAAGACCUCUUUAAAGGUAAGCCACGCCCAUUUUGGUUGGUUAAGCCACGCCCGUUUUUAAUAGAUCAGGGUCAGGAUGGCGAGGAGUCUAUGGGUAUAGUGUAUGAUGAUAAAGCAGUGGAGGCUCUGCUGGACAGGAGCCAGGGGUCUGGGGAAGAUGGGCCUGAUGAGAAUCUGUUAGCUAAUGAAUAUCUGAGUCAGUUUAAGGUUGCUAGCUAUGUCAUGAAAGAAAAAGGCGAAGAGCCAGAGGCUGAACCGGAAAUAAUACAGACCGAAGAACCGGAGACUCCAAACGAUGCCGACUUUUGGGAGAAGUUAUUACGCCAUCACUACGAGCAACAAAAAGAGAUUGAAGCAGCUAAACUAGGCAAAGGAAAGAGAGUCAGAAAACAGAUCAACUACAUGGACACAAUGAGCACUGAUUUAUCCGAGCUUAAGGGAGAAGAAGGAGACGAUGAGUCUAUAUAUGAGGAAUCUGAUGAUGCAAUGACUGAUGAAGAGAGUGACGAUGAAGUUGAUUUCUCAACUGUUUCUCGGAGAAAAGCCAGAACAGCCUUUAAGUCAAAGUCGGAAGUUGUUCCUCCUCUUCUUGCUAAAAUGAACAAUACAAUACAUGUGUACGGGUUCAACCCACGCCAAAGGAAGGCGUUCUUGAACAGCAUCCUAAGAUAUGGGAUGCCUCCUGAUAAUGCCCUCUCUUCAUCAUGGUUGCCCAAAGAGCUGAGGAAUAAGAAUGAAGCUACUUUCAAUGCUUAUGUCUCAAUGUUCAUGCGUCAUUUGUGUGAACCGGAUACUCCUAAUUCAGUGACUCAUACUGACGGUGUCCCAAAGAUGAGUGUACCAAGACAAAACAUACUCACCAGGAUUGGAGUAAUGAAACUCAUCAAAAAUAAAAUUGAUCAGUAUAAUGAGUUAAAUGGUAAUUCCAGUAUGCCCGGGGAACUUGCUCCUCCUCCUCCUCCUCCCCUCUCCUCUGCUACUGUGACUCUUGAGCCUUCUUCUGAUAGAGAGGGAGAGCUAAAAACAGCCGGUAGUGAAGAGAAUACAUCAGUCAAUAAGGAUAAAGAUGCUCCUCCUACUGCUCCUCCAAAAACUGAUCCUCCAUUAGUUACUGAUAAAGUUGAGUCAAGUACAGCUGAUGUCUCUGUCACCAAGCCAUCUUCAUCUCCUUUAAAAUCAAAGCUCAUGUUUAACAUUGCUGAUGGUGGAUUUACUGAGCUACACUCACUAUGGUCGGUAGAGAAGACACAAGGAUACGAUCCAACGAAAUGGGGCAGGCAUCAUGACUACUGGCUUCUGAAAGGAAUAGUGAAACAUGGUUAUUGUCGUUGGUCUGAGAUUUGUGCUGAUCCUCAUCUGUCGAUUCUUAACAAACCCUUCACUCCCGAAGAGAAUGCGUCUGACGCCAAGAACAGGUUCUUACUCAGAAGAUUUAAGUUAUUGGAACAAGCACUAGCUAUUGAAGAACAGCUCCACAGAGCAUCAAGUGCUGGUCUUGUGCAAGAUCCCAACAAAUCUGUAAUGUUAUUGCAUUCAAGGUUCACUGAUUUGGAUUGUCUUGCUGAUGGCCACCAAUCCUUAGUCAAAGACUGUUUGAAUGGCAGCAAGUACAAUGUACUACUAAUGAGAAAAGCUCUUGGAAAGAUGGAGGAGAUAUUACUUGAAAUGAAGCAAGACAUUAGCAAACUCUCAAUGGAGUUGACCAAAUGCUCCUCAGUCAGUCAACAGCUCAAAAUAGACGAGCUCUCAAUUUUAAGCAAGCUUGCCGGAAGAGAGAAAUUCAACGGAACUGCUGGAAUAAAUAAAACCCCUGAUAUUAGCAGCACGACCCACCAGUCAGUCAUAACUUCUGCCCCUCAAAAUGGCAGCUCUUCAAAGAUAAAAUCUGUUCCAAAGACAAUCCCUGCCGAAGUCCCCCCUGCUCCAGUUCAACUACAGCCCGAGGCUGUUACUAUCCCCAAAGUUGCUACUCCUGGAGGAACAGGUCAAACCUUUACUGUUCCUCAUUUUGUCGAGGGUGCCACAGUCCUGGUCCCCACCCAAACUGUGGGCGGAGUCUCUCAAACUGCAGUCCCGGUCGUCUCUGGUCAGCAAGUGGUUUAUUGGGCGCCCAGAGUCAAUCAACCGGUCGCUAUGGUCACGUCACAAACGCCGACCAUAUUGACCCCGGUUGGUGGUGGGGUUCAGUAUACUGUCUCUAGGGCUCCUCCAACUGCUGGUGGUAACAGUGUUAGUGCACUAAAGAAGAAACUAUAAUUGAACAAAAGAAUUGUAUUCCUCUUAUUUCCUCCUCUCCUCAUCCUCUGUCUCCUCUAUGUAUGAUUAUUAUUAGUUUAUUAAAAGAAAAUCAUUCACUUUCUCAAACACUA